GGGAGGGAGGAGAGGAGCGCUGUGUGAUUUUAAUAGCAGUGGACAGAUAUUUGUGGUUCAAAUACUUCCAGUGUAACAUCCACCAUGAAAGUAUUUUUGGUUUUACUCGUGUCUCUCGUGGCGUGUGGAGCGAGAGGAGAACACACAGACUUUUACUCGGUGUCUGCAGGACAAAACGUGACUGUGAAAUGUUUCUUUUACGAACCUGCAAACCAGACAAUCACCUUCUUCUUCUGCAAAAACGACUGCAACUCCAAAGAAAACAUCCUGGUGGACAGUGAUCGCGCCGGCGGGAGGAACGACAGAUACAGUAUUAAACGUGGAACAUCUGUAGAUUUUUACAUGUUUGUGACGAUCGAAAAGACGCGCAGCUCCGACUCCGGAACCUACGUGUGCAGUAAAGGAAAAAAGAACGGGAAACAAGAAAAGAUCAGGGAGUUUGUGCUGUCUGUCGCCGCAGGUCGCCGUCAUUUUCACUGGCUCCUGUUGAGCCCUGUCGCCUUGGUGAUGACCUCUGUGCUGGUGCUCAGGGGCUGCAGGAAGAACGAAGAGCAAACCGAUGAGAAUCCCAUAGUGGAGUCAAGACACUCCAGAACAGACUUUCAGACUGAAUUGUACGAGAACAUGAGCGAAGUGAGUGAGUCUGCAGACUUCACUUACCAGAGCCUCUGUGUGGAAACCAUGGACCCAAACCAAGUCUACAGCACCGUCUGACUGUGGACUCACACUGCCCCCUGGUGGAGCUCAGGGUUACUUCAGCAGGAGUUAGAGAAAAACUCCUGUAGUCUACUUAUUCUGGCAAUAACUGAGUGCCGAACAGGCUUGAUUUUUGUACCACAAUGUAGAAAGCAUUUAACGUGACAAGUUUAUUUGGUCGAAUACGUUUCACAGCUCAUCUGUUUGAAGACAAAAACUGGUCCAUCCAAAGGACAAAACACAGAGCCAGAAACAAAGUAAUGUGGUUUACUCCAUACAGUGCAGUGAAGACUAAACUAAACUACCACUUCACAAGAGGAUGUACCAACACAGACGAGGGAGCAACACAGGACCACAGUCUGAUGUACAUCUCCACCUAAAAGGACCUCAGUCUGCCGUACGUCCCCACCUAAAAGCCUCAGGCCACUCUUUUGAGGACAGUGAGGUACAGAUCUGAGCCAGAGAAAAGAAAAAGUUUGAGAGGAGAGGUAAAUAGGCUAUUUUUGUUAAGAAAGACAAUCCAUUUUUGAAACAGAAACGGACUCAGACACCAAACCUAAAACAAAAACAAGCAAAGAAAACAAUAGGAGGAGCCUGGUCAGUCAGUGUAUCAUUCGUUCAUUCGUUUUUCAAAAUAAAACCAAAAAUAAUAAAAUGAAAAAACAACAAUUUUCUUCAUUAUGUGUCUCCAAAACCAAAAUGAAAAAAGGGAUCACAAUUUGUUUUUUCAAUUUUCCAUUUUGUGUUUAAAUGAAUCAUGUUUCUGUGACUUAAAUUGCGACACUGGACAGAACCAGGACUGAAUCAGGAUUAAAACAGGUCCUGGAACAGACCGGGACCAGACCAGGACUGAAAAUGGUUUAGUCCAGUUUUAGUCCUGGUUCAGUCCGGCAUCGCAGUUUAAGUCACAGAAAUGGGAAAGAGUUGUUAUCUGUUUUUUCCAUUCUUCAUUUAAACACAAAAUCGAAAACUGAAAAAUUUAAUCUAUUUGUUUUUUUAUUUUGGUUUUGAAGACAAAUAAUGAAGAAAAUUGUUGUUUUUUCAUUUUCUUAAUUUUGAUUUUAUAUUGAAAAAUGAAUGAACGACUGACACACAGAUUCAGGUCAGGCCCAGAGGUGUGAAAGCUCCAUUCUGGCCCUGAAUGAUUCUGCUAAUAUGACCGAAACAGAAACUGUAAAUAAGUGUGUGUGUUAGUUUCAGAGUAGUUUCAGUGUAGUUAGCUCCUCCCUUCUGGCAGAUAUAAGGAAGUGUCCACCAGCGUCUGACCAGAACUGAAGAAGCAGCUUGGAUAAACUGAGAAACAUAUUCGACCAAAUAAACUUUUGUCCAGUUGACAAAUUUCUCCUUUUGCCGUGGAUUCUACCUGAACGACUGAGAGAUUUUACACACACAAAUGAACAGUGUUUAGCAGAAAGCGUUUGGGAUUGUGUCUCUUUAGUUUCUCUGUUUCAUUAUUGCACUAAUACUAAUCGACCAAGUUACAGUUUUUGAAUAGUUAUGAGAUUAUGUUUGAAUCAUUCAAAUAAAACCAAAUAAAGAAAAAUAUCAAUGAAAAAUGCA